GUGCAAAGGUCGGGCGCCGGCGGCCGGCGGCGGCUGCGGAAGCGGCGCCGGCGGCUGGCAGACCCCGCGUUCCCGAGGCUGCCGCGAUGGAGCUGCGCGCGUGAAGGAGCCGGAGCGAUGGAAACGGUCGUCAUCGUGGCCAUCGGCGUGCUGGCCACCAUCUUCCUGGCUUCUUUCGUGGCGCUGGUCGUGGUUUGCCGGCAGCGCUACUGCCGGCCCAAGGAUCUGCUGCACCACUAUGACACCAAGCCCAUCGUGGAUCUCAUCGGGGCCAUGGAGACGCAGUCGGAGCCCUCCGAGCUGGAGCUGGACGACGUGGUGAUCACCAACCCCCACAUCGAGGCCAUCCUGGAGAACGAGGACUGGAUCGAGGACGCCUCGGGCCUGGUCUCGCACUGCAUCGCCAUCCUGAAGAUCUGCCACACGCUGACGGAGAAGCUGGUGGCCAUGACCAUGGGCUCGGGGGCCCGCGUGAAGUCGCCCGCCAGCCUCGGCGAUAUCAUCGUGGUGGCCAAGCGCAUCAGUCCCAGGGUGGAUGAUGUGGUGAGAUCCAUGUACCCGCCGCUGGAUCCCAAACUGCUGGAUGCGAGGACCACGGCGCUGCUGCUCUCCGUGAGCCACCUCGUCCUGGUGACGCGCAGCGCCUGCCACCAAACCAGCGGCAUGGACUGGAUCGACCGGUCCCUGUCGGCGGCCGAGGAGCACGUGGCGGCGCUGCGGGAAGCGGCGCUGGCCGCCGAGCCGGAGCGGGCGCUGCCGGGCGCCGACGGCGGCUUCCUGCAGGAGCAGUCGGCUAUCUGAGGGCGGCCGCGGCCCCCCGCCGCCCUUCCCCGGCGUCCCCCCCCCCGCCCCGAGCAAUAAACGGCUCCCG